UCUUCUUAUUCAUACUACAAGUCCUCGAAGGCUCUCCGAAAUUCUCUAGACGCUAUAUUCUAGGUGGUUUAUUCUCACGAUCCCCAGAGAGAAGUCAUCGCUUCUCGAACUGACUUCCCGCCCAAGGCAAACGCCAUGUGUGGACCGGGUGCGGACCCGAUUAAUGGGUUUCAAAGUGGCUAUAUUAUGGCAACUUUCCAGCCUAGUAUAGAGACGAAAAAAUCGGGCGAUGAGCCAAUUGCAGAAUUGCCAAACAAGUCAGUGAUGAAAGCAGCUAUAGUAGCGCAAGAGGGCAUGAAGGGCGAUAAGCCUGCUACAUCCGCCACCGCUACUCCUUUCCAGCCAGUCAUUGACGGCAAAGAGUUUGGUGACUCGUCGAUGGUCGCAAAUCCUAUGAUGUUCUCAAAGAGAUUCACAGAGGAACCACCAACCACACCUCAAAAAGGAGCAAUCAGACCUCGAACCCCAUCGCCUGCUCCAUCAACUCCUCAGCCGAACGAAGUAGUUUAUGAGAGCCGAAUUAAUUUCAUCGUGCGUGUUUCUACUGUAUAUCCCAUGUCACAAGAAGAAGGAAGCGCCACAGCACCAAAGAGGCCUCGCAGCCCUUCGCCAUCUCCGACCAGUCCCGGCGUGCUCAAUACCCUUUCCAUCGACUUCCUGCCGCAGCAGCAGGAGUUCGUCUUCCGGAAGGUAUUCGACAGCCUCAAGGAGGUAUGGGACAAGCUCAUCAAGGACUUCGAGCCAUACUUCGCAGCGCUGGAAACGCGCCCCGCGAUGCCUGGUAUCGAUCAAGUCAGGGACCUGGUAAUGUCGCCGCGAGCGUCGCUGCAGGGAAUCGCCGACGGCACGGCGUACAUCGUGCACAUGUCGUUGAUGGCUAGCUGCAAGGACUGCCCCUCGAGGGACCUCUCGGACGUGCAGAAUCGGUUUCUGUCCAGCGCCGCGAAGAUCAAGUCCGCGGUCCUGGAACACGUCGCUGUGGUCAAUACCCUCGCCCCCUUUUCCCUCCCUCUCGACCCUGCUACCCCCUGGCCGCCCGCGCACGGCGCCUAUCGAUUCCGCAACCCCUCGCCUCCGCGCCCCAGCACACCACCGGCCAGAAACAGGCGAGUGUACUCCCUAUCUGUAGAAGCGCUCCGGCCGCGAAUCCAACGUCUUAACUUCGGGGGCCGCAACGACGAGGGCAGUGGUAUGGAUAUGGAUAUAAAUAUCGACACCCCUACCCCUACCCCUACCCAUACUCCUGCUUUUGCUCCUAUUACCCCUACUCCGCGAACACCAUCGACACCCCGAACCAAGACUCCACUGGUCAACCAAGCCAACCUACCACCAGCGCGCAGCAGCCCAACACCCCCUUCGCAGACCCCGCGCCCCCGCCCCCCUCUCCAGCACACCUACCACCCGACGACUCCCGCAGCGCCUCCCAGCGCUCCGCGACGAUUCGCCCCGCCCCGCCCCCAGCACCAGCACCAGCACCAGCACCGGACGCCGGCGGAUAUCUUUCUUACUCCGCGUAAUCGCUAUCCCGAUCGCGAUCGCGAUCGGGUCCUCGCUCGUUAUUCUCCGCCGUACGUGCCGCCCGCGCGAAGAUUCGAGCCCGGGUCCGGGUCCGGGUUCGCAUCUCGGUUGCCGGUCGUGGGGCGGAUCGGUCGGUACCCCGUGCGGGCGCCCGUUGGACGCGCGGGUUCUGGUGCUGCGGUAGUGGGGAAUGGGGAGGGUAAUGAUGAUGUUUUCGUUGCUGGGACUGGGUAUGUGUGACGUGACGUGACGUGGCGGCGGCGGCGGCGGUGGUGGUGUUGACGAGUGCAUUGGCGCUUUGGACUGUGCAACUGCCAGGCCACGACUUUCGGAAGAGGUGCUUGAGUUUUCUUUUUCUUUUUUCUUUCUUUCUUCUUCCGCCGGGUUGUAUUUAGGUGGAACAAGGGUCGGGUUUUCUUUCGUGGGUCUUCAUCUAGUUUCGUGAGUUAUAGCUAUCGGGUCGAUAUGGAGUUAUGAGAUAGAGCUUGGGGGUAUCUAGUAGGUACCUAAGGUACUAGAUUGGAUUAUCUUAUUAGACGAUGGUGGUGGCAUGGGUUCCCUUGAUAUGUAUCUGUUACGUUCUAGGGGCUAGGAGCUAGGAGAUUGACAGUGCGUGAUAUAGAAAC